UAAGUCACUGUGAUGAUGAGGGAGCAGAGCUACUCAGUCAUGCAGAGCUACUCAGUCGUGCUGCACUUGCUUCUCACUGCACUGUUAUUUGUCCUUAAUCUUAAAUAUGUCUCAUCCAGUCCAGUUCGGGAAGCCAAGACAGCACUUCAGGAGGACUGGCUCAUCACUGCCUUAAAGUAUAUGGAGUCUAACCCAGAGACUUUACAAGAACUGAUGACCAAGAACUACGCAAUGAUGGAAGGGGACGUGAUGCUGUCUACUGACAGGAAUUUUGUGGGAAAUGCAUGGCCAACACGAAAGAUUCCUUACGUCAUCAGUCCAGAGUUAGCCAGUCGCACAGGUGAGAUCCUCUCCGCUAUGGCCAUGCUGUCUGGAGACACCUGUCUGUCCUUCCACCAGCAAACCAAGGACCAAAGACCAUCUGAUCAUCUGAUCUUCACGCCUGGCAAAGGAUGCGCUUCUUAUGUGGGCUGCAUCGGCGGAGAGCAGCCCAUAUUAAUAUCACCCCUGUGCACUGUGGGUAACAUUGCCCAUGAGAUUCUUCACGCGCUUGGCUUCCACCACGAACACACAAGGAUGGACCGUGAGCAGUACAUCACCAUUCUCUCUCAAAAUAUUAUGACCGGGAAGGAGAUAAACUUCCAUGAGAAACGGGGGAAAACGUUUGGCCUUCCUUAUGACAUCACUUCUAUCAUGCACUACGGACGAGGGUUUUUCUCGGCGAAUGGUCUGCCCACCAUCGUCUCAAAAGAAGAUGUCAAGGAGAUGGGACAGAGGGACAACCUGACAGAGCUGGACGUCCAGAGAGUUCAUCACCUCUACAACUGCAAUUCCACAGAAAAAGAGACGGAGGAGGAAAGUAAUGGUGCAUACCUGAACAGUGAGGAGGAAGAGCAGGAUACAAACCCCAUGAUCGAGAGUUUAAAGGUUUUCCUCAGUGACCAGAAUCGUAUUUCUGCCAACAAAACACAAGGAAGCCACACACCUUCAAGUAUAGCAGCCCCUGAUUCACUGCAGAACCUGGAUAUGGCCAAGACUGAGACUAAGCAAUGAUGGACUCAUUUCAUGAAUAAAACCACACCAUAAAGACCAA